CGUCCAUCCACUCCAUUGUGUCACACAUCAUCCACACUGCACUGCCAGCCAGUGGCGCCUUCAGCAUCAUGCCUUCACCCAACCCUCACCGAGUCAGUCGCGCUUCCUCACUCGAGUGGCAUCGGUGUGCCAUUACGAUUAGCAUGAGACCCUGCAAACUCAUAGUCUAUAAACAAUGCCUCCGCUGCCGGCACCGGACCGUCCCCGUCAACAUGGAUCGCCAAUACUGUUUAAGGGUAACGGGCGAGACAUGACUCGACCGACAGUCUACUCGACGGCUUGAACUUGUUGGAAACCACACGCCGACGCAUACUUCCUGGUCGGAUACGAGUACUGGAGCCAUGUCGGCAUACGGCGCGAUCCUCACUCCCAAUCGGACUGCAGGACCUCUUCCAACCACGCGCUGGCGACUCCAGCCAACCUCCAAGUACACUCCUGCGCCGGAUGCACACUUGACGAUCCACCACCUCACCCUGGCGACUGCGCGGGCCGUGCCGGGUCUGAUUGGAUACCUGCACAAGGUGUUCGCGGAUGAGCUUGAGCGCGGGUUGACCUAUCCACAGGAAAUCCGCGCAGGCGAGGAGUACGCGCUCGAGACGUUUGAGGCAUACUACUUCGCGGCGGAC